AUGGAGAGAGGGGGGGAGCGACAGCCUCUGCUGUCGGAACAAAUUGAAGACCUCGACUAUGAUCUGGAAGAGCCAACAUUCCGAAGACGCUUGUACCGGGUUAUGGAGGCUAAAAACACUCUGGGAAGGUACACAAGCACAAGUAUCCUGGGCGCGGGUUUUAUGGACAACAUCGAGGACAGACGGGCCCAAAAAUCGGAGACAGAGGUGCAGGUUGGCGAGGAGACCCUGUUUAUGGAGGUCGAGAACACCAAACCCAAUGUUUGCACGUCGUGUAUGGAUGAAAGACUGGAGCACAUGACGCUUCAAGAGCGCUUGUUCGCCUUCCUCGAGUCCCACACAAAAGCAGGCCGCCUUUUUGAGAAGACUAUAUUUGGACUCAUCAUUUUGAACGUCAUUGCAUUUAUGCUCGAGACUGUCCAUAGCAUCGACCACACCAAAGGGGGGUCUCUGUUCUUCAGCUGCUUUGAGGCCUUCUCAGUAGCCGUCUUCACUAUCGAGUUUGCGCUGAGACUCUACGCCUGUCCUGUCGAUGCCACACUGUCCAAGUACGGGCCGGUGGUGGCUCGUUUGAAGUACUGUAUGAGGUUCUAUUCCAUCGUAGACCUCUUGGCAAUUGUCCCGUUUUAUGUCGACCUUUUCUUGCCGCAGGACUUGCCGGCCGCUACGUUUAUGCGAGUGCUGCGAUUGGUGCGAAUGCUCAGGCGGCAUGAAUUGGCGUGGCAGAGCCUUCGAAAAGGAUACACGCUUCCGGGAAUCCGUCAGCUCAUCACAUACAUCCGCCAGCUGGCCAAAUAG